AGCGAGCUCACAGAAACUACACCAGCCAGCCAGUAGCAGUACACGACGGUUGCGGGUUUGCGACUCGCCGCGGCCGCGCGGUUCGCGAUGCGACUGGAUGAGGAUCGUGAACGUCGAGCCCCACGAGCCGACAGGACUCGCGAGCUGACGUGCGCGUGCGGCGCAUCUGCCAUCUCCGCCGCGCGUGGAGGGCGUGGCUGUACACAAGCUCAAAGGAUACGGUCAUCGCCGCAUAUUUUGUGUGCCGCUGGCGGGGGGAUGCCGAGACCCUGAUGGGCGUCUCUUCGACUGCGGCCGCCAUGCUCUGCACCACGGGCACAACCAAGUCGCAUCCCGGCCGCACGGGAUCAGUGUCUGCGGGUGCGCUGCAGACCCGGGCCGAGGGGGUCGCCGACUAUUGGAAGUACUCCAAGGCUAUGACCGCCCGCAAGAGCGGCACGGCACAUGCAAAGCUGAAUGGCAACCUCGCGGCAGACAUGAAGAGGCGCGCCUCGGGCUCGACCAUGCCGGAGUAGCUGCGCUCCGGGCGCGAAAGCGCGUUUUGCCGGGUGGUUAGUCUCGUCGCGUGCUUGUGACGCGGUGGCCCUCCACAUUGUCUCUCCGAGGACACGCGUUCCCGCGCGUAGUGAAGUUUUUACGUUGCCUUCCCUGUCUGUGUAUUAGUGUGCCACUCGGUCCAGGUAUUUUGUUUGCGCGAGAUAGAGGAGCAGGUCGUGCCCGAGUAUCA